AUGUCAUACUAUACAGCACCCAAGCCAGGAUCCAAAAUUAUCAUUGUGGGAGGAGGCGCUUUUGGGUUAUCAACCGCCUACGCACUUGCACUAAAGAAGAAAUACGAUAUCUGGGUAUUUGAGCGAGCAGCUUCUAUACCUGCUCCUGAUGCUGCAUCUACAGAUAUCAGCAAGGCCGUGCGUAUGGAUUAUGGUAACCAGGCAUUGUACUUGCGAUUAAUGUUGGAGGCUCUACCCUUAUGGGAUCAAUGGAACAAGGAACGUGCUACUCAAGGACAAAUACCCGUAUACCAUGAGACUGGUGUUCUUAUCUUUGGGCGACAUGGCCAAUUUUCACAAUAUGAGCAAGAGAGCAUGCGCCUUAUCCGUGAAGCAGGCUAUGGCCAUGUGCUACAAACCUUUGAUAACCCACAAAGCAUUAUCAAGCGGUUCCCUUAUUUCAAGGAUGCCGUGGCUAAUGGAUACGACACAGCCUACCUAAACACACGUGGAGGAUGGUGCAACUCAAGUGAAGCGAUCAAGCACGUGUACCAAAAAUGCUUGGAUUUGGGUGUACAAUUUGUGCUAGGACCUCAAGAAGGUAGUCUUAAUAAGUUGGAAAUGACCACUGAUAACAAGAAGGUGGUGGGAAUUCGUACCAAGAGUGGUCAAGUGCAUUUAGCUGACAAGGUGGUUCUUGCCACUGGAGCAUGGACUUCAAGUCUUUUGGCGUUUGGUACAAGACAUCAUCAUCCUGCUGAGCAACAACAACAAUCAACAAGCAGCGGCUUAACAGCCACCGGCCAAAUAGUGGUUCAAUUUAAACCUGCCAAAGAUGACCCUGCCUUUACACAAAGAUCAUCCCAACAAGAAGCUAUGCCUGUAUGGCUUGCCGAUUCUUCCCGUACAGGGUUCUAUGGCUUUCCGAUGCAUCCAGAAAAUGGUCUUCUCAAAGUUGCUUUACAUGGUCUCGGGUAUUUGAAUCCUGCUGCUGGUGAUGAAAAUGUGAAACCGGCAACCGCAGUACAACAACAACCAGUGUCCGUGCCUCGAACACAGCUGACUCAUCCAACAGAUACCAUUCCUGUCAAAGCGUUGCAUCAGUUUCGUUCCUUUUUAGCCGAUUUUUUCCCAGCCACCUCCGCUAUGGACGUGCAUUAUGCACGUGUGUGUUGGUAUUCUGAUUCUACCGAUUCAAGCUUUUUGGUAGCACCUCACCCAAGCUAUGAGGAUUUAGUGAUUGCUUCAGGUGAUUCUGGCCAUGGAAUGAAGUUCCUUCCUAUCAUUGGAUUCAAGAUUUGUCAAGUGAUUGAAGGGCAAGAGAAUGAUUACACUCGUGCAUGGCAAUGGCGUGAUUCAUCAAGCACAACCGGUUUAAAUUUUGAUGGCAUGCGACCCACCAACCACCAGGGUACCCCGGCGAUCUCUAUCAUGGAUGAUCCUAAUGACACUACCACUCACAUGGCUACAUCGAAUGAUCUCAAAGCACCAAAGGCACGAUUAUAA